GGGGGUUCCCCGCGCCGCAGCCAUGGAGCAGCCUCGCGCCGCCGCCCGUCUGCAGAUUGUUCUGGGCCACCUCGGCCGCCCCUCGGCCGGGGCUGUCGUAUCCUUUGGGCUGCGCGGGGCUCGGGCUGGAUCCGGCGCCGGCGCCGCCGCCUGAGUGGUGGCCCCGGUCCGGGUGGAGGCCUCGGGGUCGCACGCUUCGCAGCCCCAGCGCCUCCUCGCUCAGCGCCGGGUCCCCGCCUGGGUCGCGUCUCUUCCCGGAGCCGGGGAGCGGGGAAGAGGCUGCGUCCCCCGAGGACACGCGCGGCCGCCCUGGGGUCGGGGCAAUUGCCGCGUUGCCCUGCCCUCCGGGAUCCCUGGGGGCCUCUGCUCCUCUCUUUGUGGAGACGUCGUUUCACCGGCGGCGCGUGACCCCCGCAGCUGUCCAGAGACCCAGAGAUGUCCAAUCAGAGGCGCACGGUGCACAGGCGCGCAGGGCUGCCUGGAACGGGCCCAGGCAGGCAGUGACCGGGCCCUCUCCGGAGGGGAGAGGACGGUGCCCUCCCGGGCAGGAGCUGGCCAGGCAGGCGCUGCCCAGGGCGGCCUCCCUGCUGGACUACGGCAUUGCCACUGAGUUAUAUAAAGACACUAUUUGGGGAAGGACAGCGGGUAUACUCUGGAUAAUAAUGUUCUAACCCUGGAACAGAGAAAAUUUUAUGAAGAAAAUGGGUUUCUAGUAAUCAAAAAUCUUGUACCUGAUGCCGAUAUUCAACGCUUUCGGAAUGAGUUUGAAAAAAUCUGCAGAAAGGAGGUGAAACCAUUAGGAUUAACAGUAAUGAGAGAUGUGACCAUUUCGAAAUCCGAAUAUGCUCCCAGUGAGAAGAUGAUCACGAAGGUCCAGGAUUUCCAGGAAGAUAAGGAGCUCUUCAGAUACUGCACUCUCCCCGAGAUUCUGAAAUAUGUGGAGUGCUUCACUGGACCUAAUAUUAUGGCCAUGCACACAAUGUUGAUAAACAAACCUCCAGAUUCUGGCAAGAAGACGUCCCGUCAUCCCCUGCACCAGGACCUGCACUAUUUCCCCUUCAGGCCCAGCGAUCUCAUCGUUUGCGCCUGGACGGCGAUGGAGCACAUCAACCGGAACAAUGGCUGUCUCGUUGUGCUCCCAGGCACACACAAGGGCUCCCUGAAGCCCCACGAUUACCCCAAGUGGGAGGGGGGAGUUAACAAAAUGUUCCACGGGAUCCAGGACUACGAGGAAAACAAGGCCCGGGUGCACCUGGUGAUGGAGAAGGGCGACACUGUUUUCUUCCAUCCUUUGCUCAUCCACGGAUCUGGUCAGAACAAAACCCAGGGAUUCCGGAAGGCAAUUUCCUGCCAUUUCGCCAGUGCCGAUUGCCACUACAUUGACGUGAAGGGCACCAGUCAAGAAAACAUCGAGAAGGAAGUUGUAGGAAUAGCACAUAAAUUCUUUGGAGCUGAAAAUAGCGUGGACUUGAAGGAUAUUUGGAUGUUUCGAGCUCGACUUGUGAAAGGAGAAAGAACCAAUCUUUGAAAUAGCCAUCUGCUAUAACUCUUUCAACAGAAAACCAAAACCAAACAAAAUGUCUAAGGAAAAUGUUUUCUUAAUGAGAUGAUGUAACCUUUUCUAUCACUUGUUAAAAGCAGAAAACAUGUAUCAGGUACUUAAUUGCAUAGUGUUAGUUUUGCAGCACAAUGGUGUUGCUUUAAUGGAAAAAAAAAAACAGUAAAAGUGAAAUAUUACUGUUUUAAGGAAAACUAAUUUAGGGUGGCAGCCAAUAAAGGUGGUUGGUGUCUAAUUUAAGUGUUAAAUCAAUUUCUUUCAUUCAGUUAGCUCUUUACCCAAGAAGAAGUGAAUGAUUUGGAGCUUAGGGUAUGUUUUGUAUCCCCUUUCUGAUAAACCCAUUCCCUACCAAUUUUAUGUCAUAAGAGAUUUUUUUCCCCCCAAAUCUGGAACAAUGUAUAAUACAUUCACAUUUAGUCAAGGGCAUAGGAAGGGUGUCAUGGAGUCCAAAUAAAGUGGAUAUUCCUGCUCGGACAA